AUGUUCUUCGCCUUCUCGUCAGGCAAAACAUGCCGUCCGCCUGCCCAAUCGCCCAUCAUCCAGGCGUACCACGAUGGACAUCAGGCUACACGUCCUGGCGUACCGUCAACAACAGUCUUCAUUACGAACCCGCUACAACCUACCACGCGUACACACACCACAUACCAACCUGCCUACACGGUUGAAAUUGACGUCUUCGUCGAACCCGCACCGGAUCCUGACGAUGAAGACAGACGGGAGACAUGGAUAGUCGACCGCCAGCCUCACAGGCAGCUGGCCCGAGGUCACGUUGUGACCCUCCGAACUGAAAAUCACGUGAUAGAGUCUGGACGCCUCUCGAAAGUCGUGACUCUGAUGCGCCACUGGGUCACGUUCAAAAUCACCGGAAGCAAGGCCGGCUUACAAAUCAGAGUCCCCAUCCCAUGGGCCCACCUCUGCGAUCUUGACGGCUACUCGCACACCGUCCUCUACCGAACUCUUCCAAUGACCCCGGCCCCGCAUCAUACCUUCCUAAACAAGCCAGCCUUCCAAAACACCGACUCCAAUCCUUACGAAUUCGAUAUCAAACCGAGCUCUAUGACGCCACGCUACGACUACACUAAGAAGACUCUAGCGGAAGUCCCGUCCACCGAAGGGUCCAGUGUUACGACCACGACCUCGGAAACCUCCCCUACGACCGGCUGCGUCUCGAACAGGCUCGCCGACGUUAAUGCCUCGCUCGCGCCCUCCCAGUUCGGCGACGCUCGUAGAGAGCGACCCGAGAACCCUACGAAUCUCCUGCUGGUCCUCGCUCAGGCGGUGGACGGCGUUAGCCAAGUGAUUGAAGUUGUCGGGCAAGCGGCGAUACUCCGGCACAUACAGUGGGUCGAGUUGGUACGCGACCGGAGCCAGAGGCUCGUCAAUAGCCUCGCGAUGCAGGACGGACUCCUCGGACCAGGCGAUGGUCGGAUAGGGUGCGCCCAACGAGUCGUGAGGCAGCUUGUAGCGCUGGAAGAUCUCGUCGAUGUAGUUCAUGACCUCGACGACGUCGUUGAAGGAGUACGGCGAUGGGACGGAGUUCGGGUCAUCGGUGACCGCCUUGCAGUAGGACUCGAAGAGACCGCGCUGGAAAAGCCGAAGACCUACGAGCAUCCAACGAACGCAGUUGGCCCACGACAGCCAUUCGCCCCGAGAUACGGGCAGGAGACGUGGCUCUACGGCGGCCUCACCCUUGAUGACUUCGAUCAAGCGGUAGUAGCGGGCGAUGUGAGCUUCCGCGGUCGGUUCGACGCGUACGUUGGGCAUGGUGGUGUUGGGGAAGAAUCUGCAAGACAGCCUCGGUCGUAUGGUCGCGGUGCUACGGCUAGCCAAGUACCGUUCGGGCGGUUGCCCGGGGCUAAUCACGUUCAACAGGGCCCGAAGUCUUACGCCAUGCUGGCGCAUUCUGCGUUGUUCUAUCCUGUAUAUACUGCGGGGCGAGCCCCCUCGAAUACCAGAUACCCUUACCCUCUCAACUUGUCCGUUCGUCUCCCUCGUCUCGUCGUCAAGUCAUCGAUUCGCUCGGUUCGCGACCGUGGUCUACUCGUCUCGAAGCGUCCGCUGCCUUGUCGUAGAAGCAGAUCGGGCCUGUGCGAAGCCUUGCCGACCUCGCUCCUUCCACUAUCGACCAUCGUACCAUCUCGGUACACCCUCCUAGCCACUAGGUCUCGCAUAUCGUUGCUCGCCCUUCGUCGGCGUCUACGCGCCCGUAUGGCAAAGAACCCCCGGACCAAGGAGCUAAUGGCGGCUCUCCCUGGUGGAGAUGGAAACGAUGUAGCUGGAAUGGGAAACACGCCGUGA